AUGGCCUCUCCAUUCAACCUCCUUACAGCGGGAGCCCGUUUCGACAAGUCGCGCUUCCAAAAGGACAUUCAGCUCUUCGACAAAAAGGAGAAGACCAAGAGCAAAGGAAAGGGCAAGGCAAAGGAAACCUCUUCAGCCACCCUCCCGCAGUCUCUCAACUUCUUUGGAGACCACUCCGCCUCGGCGCCCAAAGCCGCUCCCGUUGACGACGAGUCGGACUCUGAGUCUGACUCGGACGCCGAAUCGUCUACGUCCCACACGUCCAUCCCUGCCCCGCCCAAGCAGAAGAUUACCAUCACCGGCCCCGAACCCCUUCCUUCUUCCCUCUCCACCGAGUUUGACUCUCUCUUCACCUCAUUGCCUGAAUCCUCUCUCAAGCGACCACUCUUGCGCGCGCUGUCCGAUGCCAACAUCCACUCGCUCUGGGGUGUUCAGUGUGCGGUCGGUGGCUCGCUUCUCGCCGGCAAUGACACGAUGUGUAUUGCCCCUACCGGUUCCGGAAAGACCCUCUCAUACCUCCUUCCCACUCUCGUGUCGCUCGACAAGCCUGCGCGCAAGCUAGUCGCUGAGGGUGAAGGCAAGGGUAUUCGUGCCGUUGUCCUCGUCCCCACUCACGACCUUGCUGUUCAGAUUCACGGUGUUCUCAAGGCCAUUACCGCCAAUGGCCGCUGGCGCUGUAUGGUUCUGAGCAAAGCCACUCAGACCGCUGUCUGCGAGUCGGCUCCAGGAAGCGUGAAGCUGGAGGCCGGAUCGGAUGACGAGGCCGACAGUGACGCCGAGUCGACUGGCAGUGUGAACGAGUUUGCAACCAAGGCCUCGGGUACCGGUCUUGGCAUUGACGUGCUCAUUGCCACCCCCGAGAGGUUGCAUCAUCUGCUUGAGCGCAAGCAGGUGUCUCUUGCCGACACCCGCCACCUUAUUCUUGACGAGUCUGACCGUCUGCUGUCACCCGAUUUCCUUCCCCAGGUCGAGCCUGUUGUCGAGGCAUGCACAAACGCCAAGGUGCAAAAAUGUCUGUUGUCCGCCACGAUGCCCGCCGGUGCUGAGGCCCUCGCUCGUCGCUGGCUGAAGGACGCCGGUGUCCGCGUUGUUGUUGGCCUCAAGGACUCUGCCGUGACGACCGUCGACCAGUCGCUCCUGUAUGCUGGUUCCGAGGCAGGAAAGCUUCUUGCGCUGCGCAACCUCAUCGCUGAAGGCGGUCUUCCCUACCCGUCGCUCGUCUUCGUUCAGUCGAUUGAACGCGCAGACGAGCUUGCCAAGGAGCUUGUUCUUGAUGGCGUGCGUGCGGAGGCUGUCCACUCGAGUCGCGGAAAAUCCAAGCGCGACGCCGCUAUUGCGGCUUUCCGCGCCGGUACCGUCUGGGUGCUUGUCGUCACCGAGGUGCUCGCCCGUGGUAUGGACUUCCGUGGCGUCAAGGUGGUCGUCAACUACGAUUUCCCGCAGACUGUCCAGAGCUACAUCCACCGUAUCGGUCGUACUGGUCGCGCUGGUCGUCCAGGCAAGGCUGUCACCUUCUUCACUAUCGAGGACGGCGCCUACCUCCGCACGAUCGCCAAUGUGCUCCGCGCUUCGGGCUGCCCCGUACCCGAGUACACACUUAACCUCCCAAAGCCGUCCAAGAACUUGAAGCGCAAGCUCGCCAAGGCACCGAUCAAGCGCAAGGCUGUUGGUGGCGGUGGUCGCGAUGUGGCGCGUGAGCAAGCUCGCAAGAAGCGUGCCAUGGUGGAGGCGAGCAAGCGUCGCAAGGGAAAGGAGGGCAAGGACGAGAAGAUGGACGACGAAUAG